ACACACUAAUUAGUGAGCUACUGGUGCUCUGAGUGUCCAUUGAGGAUAGUGUCAUAUAAAUACGCUACACUAGUGAACAGGGCGUCGUGAAGAAUUGUGAACAUCAUCAAAACAAACUGAUGACACGUGAGCACAUUGCUGAGGAAUGCAGCCUCGGGCCGCCGUGAGGGGGGAAGGGUGGUGACGUCAUCAGCGCUCGCCGCACAGGAGUGUGUGUGACGUCCGUGUGCAUUGGCUCAUCAGUGUGAAUGCAGCAGUCAUAAGGACCUAGUGAGGAUCAGGUGUGAGGUCAGUGAGUCAUGGCUGCUUUCAGACAGGAGGAUGUGGAGAGGUUCUAUGAGAUGGGGGAGGAGCUGGGCAGUGGGCAGUUUGCUAUUGUGCGUAAGUGCCGUGAGAAGAGCUCGGGGGUGGAGUACGCUGCCAAGUUCAUCAAGAAGCGGCGUUUAUCAUCGAGCAGGCGAGGAGUGAGCCGAGAGGAGAUCGAGCGUGAGGUGAACAUCCUGCGGGAGAUCCAGCACAGCAACAUCAUCACGCUGCACGACAUCUUCGAGAACAAGACAGACGUCAUCCUCAUCCUGGAGCUGGUGUCUGGAGGAGAGCUCUUUGAUUUCCUUGCUGAGAAAGAGUCACUGAGUGAGGAGGAGGCCACGCAGUUCCUCAAGCAGAUCCUGGAUGGAGUUCAUUACCUGCACUCCAAACACAUCGCCCACUUCGACCUCAAACCGGAGAACAUCAUGCUGCUGGAUAAAAACGUCCCCAAUCCCAGGAUCAAGCUGAUCGACUUUGGCAUCGCGCAUCAGAUCAAAGAAGGAAACGAGUUUAAAAACAUCUUUGGAACACCAGAGUUUGUUGCUCCAGAGAUCGUGAAUUACGAGCCGCUCGGCCUGGAGGCAGACAUGUGGAGCAUCGGGGUCAUUACAUAUAUUUUGUUGAGUGGAGCUUCUCCUUUUCUUGGCGAGACCAAACAGGAAACACUGACCAACAUCUCGGCUGUAAAUUAUGACUUUGAUGAGGAAUAUUUCAGUAACACCAGUGAACUGGCCAAAGACUUCAUACGCAGACUUCUGGUUAAAGACCCAAAGAAGAGGAUGACCAUACAGGACAGUCUGGAACAUCCCUGGAUCAAGGUGAUAAAGCGCCGUAACGUGCGUCAGGAGGAUAACAGCGGUCGCCGUGGUGAACGUCGGCGUUUGAAAACGACUCGUCUGAAGGAGUACACCAUAAAGUCUCACUCCAGCAUGCCUCCCAACAACACCUACGUCAACUUUGAGCGUUUCUCCCACGUGCUGGAGGAGAUCGCCGUUGCCGAGGAUGCGCUGCACCAGCUGGAGCGUAACCGUCGUGUCUGCCGCGAUGACGUGACCGCACUGCUGUCCAUCUUCGAGGAGAAGGAGAGCUGGUACAAGGAGGAGAACGAGAGCAUCAGCAAAGAGCUGAACCGUCUCCGGUCCGAGAUGCAGCGGGCUCAGAGUCAGCGCCGCCACAACCAGGAGGAGACGCGCAACACCACACUCGCCACUAACGCCCUCAAACGCAAGUUCACUCGCCUCGAGGGCAAGUAUGACACGCUGGCAGAGCAGGUGGCUUCUGAAGUGCGCUGGGUAGAGGAGUUGGUGCGCUCCAUUGCUGUCGACAACGGGGACGUGCACGGCACCAGCCUGCCGUGAGUGCAGAAAAUCUACUGCAGUUCUACUAGACGAUGCAGCAGUUUCCACUAUACAUGUGUAUUAUAUAAUAUUACUAUAUUUUAUACCCAACACAUCAGCACAGGAUUCGUCACCAUCAAGAGCAUCAUAAGCUGCGUUACUCCUAUGUAGCAUUAAUAACGUCAGCAGCAGGAUGAAAAAUAAGAUGUCUGUUAAAUCUAAUGUGCAGUUAUAAGUGUGUGUGUGUGUGUGAGAGAGAGAGUGAAUGUCUGAGGGAGUGUGUGUGUGAGAGAGAGAGUGAAUGUCUGAGGGAGUGUGUGUGUGAGAGAGAGAGUGAAUGUCUGAGGGAGAGUGGGG